AUGAUUUUUCUACUAAUUCUAUCGGUUUUCUCAUCUUUGAUUGAAGCCGAGUACAGUCAUAACCAAUUCCGGAAUUAUACAUGUGUUCGUCAACAGUCGCCUCAAACAUCGAUCUGUCGUCUGAGAUUUGAUGGGAAUCCCGACGAAUGGGAUGCUUUGAAUGACAAUGGAUGUUUUACGGAAUUCGAUCCAAAGCGCAAAGAGGCUCUCGAGUUUUGCCCGCUUCAAUGCGACGACGCUGAGACGGCAUAUAUUGAGGGAAAAACUCCAAUAAACAACAACAAAUGCCUAGCCUUUUUCAACUACAAUAUUGUUCGUCGACGCACGGAUUGGUUCCUUUGGCGAGCUGGGGAUUGCUUAACAGAAGAAAUCCAAUUCCGCAUUGGUUGCACUUUCCCGUACAAGCGACGCAAGUUCGACGAGAAGAAACAACAC